AUUUUCUCGCCCGCCGCGGUCCAGUCAGUUUCGAUUUGACAGUCGUUGCGCACAGUUGUGUUGUGAAGAGUGGGGAAGUGAAUUUCGAAGAUAUAUUUUUUCCUGCAGAUUGUUGUUAUCGUUGCGCAAGGCCUCCACACGAAAGAGAAAGGCCCCUCCCGCUUGCCGUACGUGUGUGGCCAAGGGUUCCGUCCGAGAGUGGUCACAAAGCGUAGUGAGAAAAAUCGAAGGAAAAAUCCGCCGCGGUGGCGAGAAAGUGAAAUUGGGAUUUGCACCUUGGUUUUUGAGCUGCUGCUGCUGCUGAUUAGGCAACAAUUUUUGAAGCAGUGUUUUUGCGUUUGUGUUUGUGCGCGCCGUUGAUAAGAGCAAUAACAUAAAUAAAAAAUAUUCCCAGGCUAUCGAGAAGAGCCCCUUUAUCAAGUGGAAGAGGAGAACAGCCAAAAGAGCUGGGCUAUUGCGACUCUCGCAAAGCAAAUUCAAGGUUGUUCAGAAUCGAAGUGCUGUGAAAUUUAGCCCAGAUUCGUGAUUUUCUUCCCCCCCCGGGGACCAGCAGCGCCAGCACCAUGAGCAAGCAUAUGUACUCGACGGCCAACCUGACCGAUGUCGAGCUCAAGGACCAGGGCAAUCGGAUGUUCACCGCGCGGAAGUACGAGGAUGCCAUCAACCUGUACACGAAAGCAAUCAUCAAAAACCCCACCAACGCCACAUACUUCACAAACCGCGCCCUGUGCCACAUCAAGAUGAAACGCUGGGACUCGUCCUGCACGGACUGUCGGCGCGCCCUCGACAUGGACCCGAACCUGGUCAAGGGGCACUUCUUCCUGGGGCUCAGCCUGAUGGAGCUGGACUCGUUCGACGAGGCGAUCAAACACCUGAUGCGGGCCCACGACCUGGCCAAGGAGCAGAAGCUCAACUUUGGCGACGACAUCGCGUCCCAGCUGCGGUUGGCGCGGAAAAAACGCUGGAACAUCCAGGAGGAGAAGCGCAUCUGCCAGGAGAUCGAACUGCAAAGCUAUCUGAACCGACUCAUCAACGAAGACAUGGAAAACAGAAUAGCAAAGCUCAAGCUGGACGACACGCUGAACGAGGAUGCCUUCAAAGAUAAGUCGCAGGAAAUUGAGAGUGAAUGCGAAAAUCACACCAUCGAACUGAACAACAUAUUCGCCAAGGUGGAUGAGAAGCGAAGGAAACGCGAAGUACCUGACUACCUGUGCGGCAAGAUCAGCUUCGAGCUGCUGGUGGAUCCGGUCAUUACGCCGUCCGGCAUGACGUACGAACGCAAGGACAUCGAAGAGCACCUGCAGCGGGUCGGACACUUCGAUCCGGUGACCCGUGUCAAGCUGACCCAGGACCAGCUCAUCUCCAACUAUUCCAUGAAAGAGGUCGUCGAUGCCUUCCUGUCCGAGAACGAGUGGGCCCUAGAUUAUUAAGGCGAGCAAGAGUGUGAUGAAGCACGCGCGUGAUUCCCCGACAAAGGACUCUUCAAUUCGGUGGUGAGAAAACACAACACUUUUGAAAAGAACACACAUAUACAUACAAACACAAUACCUUAAAUUAAGUUCCUUUUUCGGCUAACCUUGUUAUUCCCAACAAAAAAUUGUUACCUCUUAAAAUGUUUGAACUCACACGUCUUGAUUACUCGCUCACCAUUUGUCCGUCGAGAAAAUGAUUCCUAUAUUGAAUAAUCUGUGUCAUGUAGCAAAAAACUAAAGCAAAAAGAACCAUAUCUUCGACAAACAAAGAUAAACAC